AUGGUGAAGAAAAGCAAAGGUCGUCAAAAAAUAGAGAUGGUCAAAAUGAAAAAUGAAAGUAACCUCCAAGUUACUUUUUCAAAAAGAAGAUCCGGACUUUUCAAGAAGGCUAGUGAGCUUUGCACACUUUGUGGUGCAGAAAUCGCCAUAGUUGUGUUUUCACCUGGUCGAAAAGUCUUUUCUUUUGGCCAUCCUAAUGUUGAAUCUGUAAUUGAUCGAUUUUUAAACAAUAACCCUCCACUUUCUCACCAACACAACAACAUGCAACUUAGUGAGACUCGUCGAAACUCUAUUGUUCAGGAGCUGAAUAAUCAUCUUACUCAGGUGUUGAGCCAAUUAGAAUCGGAGAAAAAGAAGUAUGAUGAGUUAAAGAAAAUAAGAGAAAAAACAAGAGCCCUUGGGAAUUGGUGGGAAGAUCCCGUUGAAGAACUUACAUUACCUCAACUCGAUGGAUUCAAAGGUAAUCUUGAAAAUUUGAAGAAAGUAGUUACAGUCGAAGCCUCCAAAUAUUUUCAAGCAACUGUUCCAAACUUCUAUGUCGGAAGUUCUAGUAAUGCUGCUUUUGGGAUUGAUGAUGGUAGUCAUAUCAACCAUGAUUUGGACCUCUUUAGCCAAAGAAGAAUGAUGGACAUAAAUGCAUUCAACUACAACCAGAACCAGAUUCACCCUAAUCCCGCAUUACCGUUUGGAAACAAUGCUUAUGGUCAUAUUAAUGAAGGAUUUGUUCCGGACUACAAUAUGAACUACAGACCAGAGUAUAUCCAAAACCAAUACCAAAACCAAAACCAAAACCUGAGUUUUAAGAGAGAAAACAUCUCUGAAUAUGAGCACCAUCAUCAUGGUUAUCCUCCCCACUCUAGAUCUGAUUACUAUUAAUCCUUUGUUGUGUGAUCCAAUUUAAGUCUCUAGACAAAAAGCUGUGUUUACAAUUUUCUUUAU